AGGAAUAGGGAGAAAAGGAUACAGUGAUGUGACAUUAUUAAGGGUGUUGGUUGCAGAAACACUUUCCUCCGAUCACAAAGGAAUAGGGAGAAAAGGGCCCCAACGAGUCUAAAGAUUCCGAGUACGCGGCGCCCCAAGUUCAUACCUAAUCCGUCAUCCCCCACUUCAAAUUCCACUUAUACCCUCAUCAUUUCCUUUCCCUUUAAACCCAUCAUCAUUCCCUUUCAACAUCACAUUAUUCCCAACGAGUUGACACCGAUUCCACUCACCCAACCAUGAGCCGAUUCAGGCGAUUUGAGCUCAUCGAACAGCCACCUUUCUUCCCCUCAUGCUACUCUUCUCCCUUCCUCGUCCAAGACUCACUUUCUCUCGACCUCGACCUCGACCUGUUGCCAUUUCCCAGCCCCUUCGACGCUUUCGCAGAUCUGCUCCACGCGCCGUCGUUGGCUUACCGGCGCCUGGAGGGGCAGCUCGAUAAUGAGUUGCGCUUGCAGAGCCUCUCUGACCGCGUGGCCGAGCUGGAGUCGCGGUUCCACCGUGUGCUCGGCGGAGAUCGGAAGUACACGUGGACGGCGGAGAUCAAGGGAGCGGAGAAGAAUGGGUUCGAUAGGAAGUACAAGUGGGUAGCGGAGAUCGCUGAGGAAGAAGAGAAGAAGAAGAAGAAGAUGAAGAAGCAGGUGAAGGUGCCGAAGGAUAGGAACGUGACGUGGGAUGCUGAGGAAGAGGAGGAAAACAAGAAGAGGUUGCUGAAGGGUGUUGCCAAGAACGUGAAAUGGACGGCUGAGAUCACGGGAAAAGGGGAGAAGAGUGGGAGCUCGAGGAAGUACACGUUUCAGGUGCAGAGUGGGGAUGCUGAGAAGAAAAAGGAGAAGGAGAAGGAGAAGGAGAAGAAGAAGGGAAAUGGAUCGCGCAUUGUGGAGAUUCACGAGCCAAGUGGUCAUAGAGAUGUGGUUUUGAGACAGGCAUUUGCCAAGAGGUUCGGAGCUGUUCAAAAUGAGAGGGGCAAAAAGAAGGACUUGUCUCCUCAAGAUGCUGCAUUGUUGAUCCAGAUCAGCUUUAGAGCUUACUUGAUCCGUAGGUCAAAGGCUCUUCGUGCCCUUAGAGAACUGGCCAUUGCAAAAUCUAAAUUAAAGGAAAUCAGAGCCCAGUUCAAUAACUUUUCCUACCGACGUCAUGUAGCUUGUAAUGCGGAGGAACGCCAGCGAUUUUCUGAGAAAAUAAUUGUCUUGCUCCUUACUGUUGAUGCCAUUGAGGGAGCUGAUAUUAUGGUAAGAUCUGCCAAGAGGUCAAUGGUGGAUGAGCUGGAAGCAAUGCUUGAUGUGGUAGAUCCCCAGCCUGGUGGAAGAUCAGCAUCACUCUCCUCCUUCAAAAGAAGGACAUUUGAUAUGCCUGAUGGAGUCAUCCGGAAGGAAAUUGAAGAAGGGGUUGCACAGGUUGUGCAAAUGCUUGAAGAAGCAGAGAAUAGCAGCGAAGCAUGACUUUGAGAUCAAGAAAGUAAUAUUUUAUAUGUUUAUUUCGAGCUUUCCUUCUGCUGUUGUAGUUUGUUGGUAGAGACGUAUUUUAAUCUAGGAUUUCGAGACUCCUAAAUUAGGCUUUUCCUCCAAUGCUGUUUGUUUUGCUGAACUUUUGGCACAUUCUGGACGAAAAGAUUGGCUUGUGUUGGAGCUGUGUUAUUUUACUAUGACGAUUUAGAGAACCUUGUUCAUUUGUAUCUAUCCUUUAGUCUGCAGUAAAUAAGUUAGUCUCAAAUGCGAA